AUUCUUAAGGGGUAAUUGAAUCAAUACAUAAUUUUUUUAAACCAAAUUUUAAGCCCUUCGUGAGUUUAUUCGGCUAGCGCAGCAGCAGCAUGCAGCGCAGCUAGCUAGCUAGUUCAGCUGAUGAGCUCUCACGUGUACGUGAAUCGAUGUAGACGGUAGCUAGUCAGCUAGUGCGAGGUCUGCGCUCGACGAUACUGCCAUGACGUCUACCGACCGCCAGGGACUGGACGGGGUGGAAGUUCGACUGAUACCGCUCUUCUCUCCCACUGGCCGACGGUGAUGGUGACCGGGGCCCGGGGGAAGAACAACAAAGAAGAAGAAGGUCUACAAGCAAAGCUGUAUACUGAUAGACCGUUAUGAUCAUUAGCCAAAAAUCACCAAAAUGACCGAACCGAGUCUUCACAAGCUCUUGAUGCACACCUGCUUGAAGUUUCCACAUCGUUUGGCAGCCAUGUUUGAUGACAGUCGCCAUGGUGCUGAGGUGCUGACAUAUGGACAAGUUCUGGAGACUGCAAAUACAGUGACAUCUUUUCUGAGUGCCCACUCCAAGUGUGGGGAGGUUAUUGGCCUCUAUACCGAGCCUAACAUUGCAUUGCCUGCUUUUAUUCUUGGUAUUCUACAAGUGCCUGCUGCCUAUGGUCCAAUUGAUCCUCAUGCUCCUAGCUCCAUCAAUGAGUAUUUCAUCAGAGGGGUUGGCAUUCGUAUCAUCUGUGUGGAAAGGAGUCUAUUUGAGCACUUUACAGACAGUCUCGGCAAGAUCUUAGAUUGGGAAAUUUGCCACAAUGUAGACCAAGAGAUGGCGUCAUGUGGACUAGUUCUAGUGCGACUAGUCUCCACCAAGUACAACACCGAGGACAGCUCUUCACCUCUGGCAUAUGCCCUUCACACCUCAGGCACAACUGGCAGGCCGAAGAUUGUGCAGGUACCACACUCAUGCAUUGUACCAAAUGUCCUGGAUCUGACGAUGGCGUUCACAAUUACUGAAGAUGAUGUGGUGUUCAUGGCUUCACCUUUGACCUUUGACCCGAGUGUAGUUGAGAUGUUCAUGACGUUGAGCAAGGGAGCGACCCUUCUGAUUGUACCUACCGAGCUCAAGAUGGCCCCCAGCUCUCUGGCCAGAGUCCUUAGGAGGAACCAUGUGACGGUGCUCCAGGCCACACCAUCUCUUGUAUCCCGCUUCUCGACCUUGACCUUGCAACAGGACCUUCUUGGUGCUUCCUCUACCCUUCGAAUCCUUGCAUUUGGGGGCGAGUCCUGUCCCACACCAGCUACCAUCGCCUCUUGGAGGGGGCCUGGGAACCAGACGGAAUUCUUCAAUCUCUAUGGCAUCACUGAAGUAUCCAGCUGGGCAUCCUGUUUCAAGAUUCCAGAAGAGUGGCUGGAGAAGAGACUAGAUCAGCAUAUUCCAUUGGGAGAUGCAUUAAAAGAUACCAUACUUCAUGUUAGAGAUGAAAGAGGACGAGUGAUUCAUUCAGGCAUAGGGGAGGUUUUUAUUGGAGGAUACCAUCGUGUGUGUUUCCUUGGCAAUGAAGAACUUCAAGUUGGUAGAGACCAGCUGAUCAUGAGAGCAACCGGAGAUAUGGUAGAGGUCACCAAGAGAGGGCGCUUCUUCCUCGGUCGCGGGGAUGAUCAGAUCAAGCGCCACGGCAAACGAACAAGUCUCUUUCGUAUUAAACAGGUCAUUGAAGCUUGUCCAGAUAUUGGAUCCUGUGAUGUUAUUCAUACAGAUGGCAGACUCGUUGCGUUCUACACUUCAAUCAUUAACAACCCUACCUCAACGCCACCUCCACCGGAGCUAACCGUUCCAGAGAAUGAUAAUACCAAGAAUUCCCUAUUACCUUGGACAACUGGUGAGCCAUCUCUGCCAUCUCUAUCAACGUCACCAUCAUUAUCAUCGGUAGCAACGCAAAGACUAGACCAAGAAACCUGUGAAAUAUCAGCUGGAGUAGAAGAGCUAUCACAAGUGAGUGAAUCUACUCCUUCAGUGGCUCAAAAGGAUAAAACAACAUCAAAAUAUAUUUCAUCAAGGCAGUUGGCAGAGCCAUCAAGUUUACAUUUCAAUCACAAACCAUCCUCUGGUAUAUCUGAAAUAGAUGUGGGUGACCACCCACAUGAUGAUAGCGUACAUUCAACUUCUGGAGCAACAGUUUCAUCAGACUUGGACAGCUCAUUGGGAAAAUUAGCACAGCCUUCGAGGAAUAUAAUAGAGUAUCUUCGGGGUGCUCUUCCAAACCAUGCCAUCCCUGACAAGUUUGUGGUCCUCCAGACACUCCCCAUCACAAGACAUGGCAAGGUAGAUACCGGUGCCCUCAAGGAACUGUAUUGGCGCCUAGAAGCAUCUGAGAAGGAGAGGAAAGAAAGGGAGCCCUCUUGGGGCCGAACCUUACCAGGAAGAUGGAAAGAGAUUGUGAUACAAGAAUGGAAGAGCUCUCUCUUCCUGGCCGAGUCGGAUGCAAUCAGAGACCACAACACUUUUAUGACUCUCGGUGGAGAUUCUUUCCAAGCUCUUCGCUUGGUCCAAUCUCUGGAAGCUUCCCUUGGCACUCCUCUUCCUGAUCUCAUGGAUGUUCUCCUGCAUCAGACAUUCCUCGAAGUUCUGGAAACAAUCGCACAAUGUCUUCAAGAAACUUCUUUCCAACAUCAUCUUGAAAACUAUCAAGAUAUGGAGAUCAAUAGUCAAAAGAGAAUCAAUCGUGAUUCAGAAAAUAAUCGUGACAUAAAGAGUUACAAACAAAAGGUCAUUGAUUCUGUCCAGUUUCGAGAAACUCAUAUUCAUCAUCAGCAAAAUAAUUUAAAAGACAGUAAGGAACAGUUUAUGAAUGAAACUCUGGAAAAUGCAGUUGUUACAGGCACCAGUCAUGAAACUGUCCUAAGCGUUGAUCAGCUUAAUGAUGUACCAACUUCAGAAAAUAAUUUUUUAAAUGCAUCGUUAUCUCAGCACCCAAGUGAUUGUCUUUUAGAAGUUGACUCUUCAACUAACAGAGUGGAAGCAGACGAUGGUAUCCUCACCGGACAAAGACUAAAAAGAAAACUGGAUUCUCUAGAUCCUUUGGAUGAUGCUUCUUCAAAGAAGCCAUUGAGCCCAGAGAUAGCACCUCUGUCAGGCUCAAACAGACUAACUUCACCACCAGAUACCAAAAAAAACUCCAUCGUUUCAGUAAGAAGAGGUUGCCAGAUUUCUCAUCAUGGCAGUUUUCAGAAAAUGGCAAUGGAGGGGGACUAUUGGCCUUUUGAGGAUCCAUCCAUGGGGCCAUCAGAACGUAGUAGAAAGAUAGGAACGCUCACAUUUGAAGAAAAUUGGAGAGUGGACACUGGAAAAUGUGUGGAUGCUUCACCUCUUGUGGUUUGUACUAGCUCCUGCCAAACAGUUUAUAUUGGUUCGCAUUCUCACCUUUUUAUUGCUAUCAACAUGGAAACCGGGAAUGUGUUAUGGAAGACAGAAUUGGGAGAUCGAGUAGAAUCAUCAGCCUGUCUGUCAGCGUGUGGAAGAUUUGUCAUCGUUGGUUGUUAUGAUCACUUUGUGUACUGCCUGUCGGCAUUGAAUGGACACAUUUAUUGGAAGUACGAAACUGGCGAUGUUGUCAAGUGCUCACCAGUCUGCGAUGUCACAAAUGGACUGGUCUACAUCGGGUCACAUGAUCAACACAUCACGACCUUGCGAGUCAAGGAGGAAACGUUUGAGGUAAAAUGGCGUUCACAUUGCGGAGGAGGUUCUGUCUUUGCCUCACCUUGUCUUCACAGAACGACGGGAACUCUGAUAGCAGCCACCCUGAGAGGAAAUAUAGUAGCUUUUAACAAGGAGUCUGGAGUGAAGAAGUGGUGUUUCUCCUGCCCCAAACCUGUCUUUUCAUCACCCGUUGCUAUGGAUGAUGGUGUUUUGUUUGGAUGUGUAGAUGGCGUCAUGUACUGCUUAUCACAUGCUGGUAUAAAGCUCUGGAUUUGGACAGUUCAUGGACCCAUUUUCUCAUCGCCCUGCGUAACUAGUCUCCACCCGCCCUAUCGGUCGGACUCCAAUAGCAACCAACCAUCUGGUCUUCUGGUCAUUUUUGGCUCACACUGCGGCUCCGUUACCUGUCUUGACCCCUUGACCGGUCAGCAUGUGUGGACUUCAGCAGUAUCAUCCUUCCCGAUCUACUCCACGCCUUUCAUAUUCAACCGGGGUGGUUGUCGCAGGGUGGCCGUUGCAUCAACGGAAGGUCACAUCUACGUGCUAGAUGUGCAGACAUGCAAGAUACUAUCAGAAACAGAGCUUCCAGGUGAAGUGUUUUCCUCACCUAUUGUGAUUGGGAGCAAACAUAUCAUUGUAGGAUGUAGAGAUGAUUUUGUAUAUUGCUUAUAUUUAAAGGAAAUGGAGUAAAUAAUGGGUAAUGUCAAGAUCAGUGUUCAUAGUGUUCAGGGCUCGAAUAAGCCUUAUGAAUCUAUAAAAGUCAAUAAAAAGUAUGAAGUUUUAGUAUGUCAUUUUUAUUUGCAAUUCGAUAGCACAAACAUGCAACCUUUUGUGCUAUUUUGGAGCCAUAUUCCAGCAUGGUAAGAAUUAUCAUGAAAUAUUAUGUAACAAUUUGUUUUUACAAAGAGUGGUACGGGAUCUCCUUAUCAAUGUUUUUAUGUCUUUCACUAUCGGUCCUGUCCAUGUAGUAUAUUUUAUAUGUUGUCUCUGAUUUUUUCAUCAACUUUUUUUCAGCCACCAAAUGAGAUAGUGAUCAGAUAUUGUUAAUCAUAUCUUGUCAAACUCCAUCACAUGGCUCACAUUAUCUUGAAAAAGUCUGUAUCACCACCUGCAUCUUACUUACUGAAAAUGCUUUUUAAGAAUUGACCAUUCCUGAUCUUAAACCUAUUAGGAUUUACUUUCUGCUGAGGGAGGUUGGAAAGAUACAUGUAGGACAAUGACUUGACGCUAGCAGAGACAUUCGUUGCACCACUAUCAACCAAAAUAAACUUGUUCUUUCCAUUUAGGAGUUUAUCCUUCA